AUGGCUGUAGACAAACCGGAGAAAGAAAGUGUAGAUGCUAGAUUCGCUGGGAUCUACAAUGAUCCUAAGUUUAAGAACACGAGAACUAGAGAUCACAAAAUAAAAUUAGACUCUAGAUUUAGCAAAAAAGAUCUGGAAGUGCAACACAAGUCAAAGGUUGACAAGUAUGGUAGAAAAAUCAAGGAUGCUCAUAACACCAAGGAAAUGGAAGAUUUCGAUAAAUAUUUCGAAAAGGAAGCUGAGGAUGAUGAAGAUGCAGAGGCUGAUGUGAAGGCUACUGUUGACCGUGCUCGUGGUGAAGUUCCUAAUGAUUAUGUUAGCUCUGGUGAUGAGUUUACCUCAUCGGACUCUGAAUCUUCUGGAGAAAGUGAAGUUGAAAGCGAAGAAGAAAGUGAAGUCGAAGCUGAAAAUGCUAAGCCUGAAUCUGGGGAUGCCUCCAAAACUUUGGCCGUAGUGAAUUUGGAUUGGGAUCAYGUUAAGUCUGAAGAUUUGAUGAUCACAUUUUCCGGCUUCGUUCCAAAAGGUGGUAAGAUUGAAAGAAUAUCUGUUUAUCCAAGUGAAUUCGGUAAAGAAAGAAUGCAACGUGAAGAAGUUGAGGGCCCCCCAAAAGAGCUUUUUCAAAGAAAAAAACAAGACAAAGCUUCUAAGAAGAAAACUACCGAUGAUUCCGACUCUGAUAUAGAUAUUGGCAUUAAAGACCUAUAUGAAGAAGGCGACGCUGACAAAGACGUGGAUUCAAGAGCUCUCCGUCAAUAUCAGCUGGAUAGAUUGAGAUAUUAUUACGCAGUAGUCUAUUGUAGUGAUAUUAGCACAGCUAGGGCUAUUUAUGAAAACUGUGAUGGUACUGAAUACGAAUCAACUGCUAAUAUGUUCGAUUUAAGGUACGUCCCUGAUGGUAUGACUUUCGACGACACUGCAAGGGACGAGUGUAGUGCGCUACCUAAAAACUAUAGACCACAUCAAUUCAGUACAGAUGCUUUACAACACUCGAACGUUAAAUUGACUUGGGACGAGACUCCUGCUGAUAGAGUGGAAGUUGCCAAGAGGGCCUUCACUCAAAAAGAAAUUGAUGAUAUGGAUUUUAAAGCUUAUUUGGCAUCCGAUAGUGAUGAAUCGGAUGAAGAAGUCAACGAAGACGCAAAAAGUAAACUAAAAUCCUUGGUCGGUGGUCUUGGCUUCAAUUCUAAAAAGGAAAAUGCCAACGACGGUGAAGAAGAAGAAGUUGAUAUGGAAAUUACAUUUACUCCAGCCCUAGAAGGAGGAGAUGAAAAACCAGUUGAAGGCCAAGAAGAAACAUCAAUAGAAAAAAUAAGAAGAAAGGAAAAGGAGCGUCGUAAGGCUAGAAAGCAAAAAGUAAAGGAAUUGAAACAACAAUCCGAAAAGGAAAAAAGAGGUAAGUUCAAAUCUACCAACAAAAAACAUGUGGCAGAUGAAGAAGAAUUGAAGAACAACGCAAAAUCAAAGGCUGAACUAGAGCUUCUAAUGGACGAUGAUGGCGACGCUGAAGCAGAAAGUUCAAUAAAUAGUAAAGCACAUUUCAAUAUGAACGAAAUUUUGAGAUCUGAAAAGGAAAAACAUAAGAAAAGUAGAUACCAAAAGAAAGAAAGAAUUGUUGAAGAUACUUUCACACCUGAUUUGGAAGAUCCUAGAUUCAAGGAAGUUUUUGAAGAUCACGAUUUUGCGAUUGAUCCAACUCAACCUGAAUAUAAAGGUACACAGGCCAUGAAUAAAAUUUUGAAGGAACGUGGUAAGCGUGUUCAUGACAGAAAAAGAAAGCACGGUAACAAUGAAAACGAUGUGACUAAAGAUGGAAACGCUAACAAGAAUAUUGGAAACUUGGUCAACAAAUUGAAAAAGAAAAGUAAAUCAUCCAAGAAAAUAAAGGUUUGA